AUGUUGGGAGCUACUAAAAAGUCUAUUAUUGGUGUUAAUGAUAUUGUGUUGAAGAAGAAAAACAGAAGAAGGGAUUUGUAUUUUGGAGAGAAAGUGCAAAAGGGGGAUGAUUAUAAGAAGAAGGGAAUGAAUGUGAAUUUUAUGACUAAUGUGUUUAAUUCUUUGGAUUUGAUGAGAUGGCUUGGAAAUCAACCCCUAUCGGAGGCCUACUCGGAGCUUUAUGAAACAGCGGUGCAACCGUUUAUGACAGUGGACGAAGAAUGGAAUUGGAACUUAGAAAUGGUGGCGGAAAACACUGCUGCAGAAGCAGGCGGCCUAUUGUCUGAACUAGGCAGCCUCUUAGCAAGGAGGGGCGGACAAAUUCUGUUGGGACAGAAUCGCGGAUAA